UGUAACAAACAAAGCCAAUUUUGAUUACACUAUUACUCUAAAGACUUAGCCAAAAUGUAGCUUUUUUGUUUAUUUUGUUUAGCUGGCAGAAUUUGGCCGUCACGCGUAAAAUAUUUGGCCGCCAACCAUUCCAAGCAUCUGGCAACACAGAAAAAUGUUCUGCAGGCCAUAGGCGGGUUUCCACUACUUGACUGACCCUGGCUAGGUCAUUCUUAUCGCAAGCUGAAAUUUUAAUGCUAACCGAGUUCUGAUCUGCAAAGAAUUCUGAUUUCCGUGCCAAAAUGUCAAUAUUUGCACACGUUAGUGAAUAACUGUGAAACAAAGUUGAGGACAAGACUUGCCCGGUCUCUCCGGGGCGUUCCCAAUUCUUAUUCAUUGAACGCAAAGUUUGAAUUCCUGAAAAGUUUCCGCCAUCUGAUUAUCGGUGCUUUUGUUAUCUGUGUGACUUCCGGAUGUGUUGAUCUGAAGAGAUGCACCAUUGAUCAUUGCUGCAGCGUGAUUGUAGGACACAGUCAGAACGCCCUUAGCUAGAAUUUACUUAUGAGGCUUGUUACUUGAAACUAGCCUUCAACUGCAGAAUGUUUCAUGGCAGUAUGCAGAGGACAAUGCUUCUUAUUCUAUUUAUUAUUUGCUUGCAGCUUGACUUUUCAAAAGGGAAGCCAAAGUAUGUACCAAAUAUUUUUGAUGACUGCAAGAAGGACGAGGCUAUAGUCCAAUGCCACGAGGAUCCAUGUUUAAAGACAGAGUGUCCAGCGUAUCCUGCUGCAAAAUGCAGAACAAAUUUGUGUGGAGAUUGCAAAGCGGAAUAUCUUCAGGAAGGAAAAGUUGUCGAUUGCAGCCGAGCACCAAUUUGGUAUGACAACUGCCCCUUAGACGUCCCUAUAGUUCAGUGUGGAAGUGACCCAUGUAUCGGCCUAUAUUGCAAACAUUUUCCAGAAGCUCUGUGCAGAACAAACCUUUGCGGAGGUUGCCGCCCAGAGUUCAUCAUAGAUAACCAUGUUAUCAAGUGUGAAGCUUCAAAUACCACUAAGUGUCCAGCUGAUAAACCCGAAGCAAAGUGCCUGGUCAACCCUUGCCAUAUACAAGCAUGCCAACUUUUUCCAAAUGCGGUUUGUGUGCCUAACUAUUGCGGUGGUUGCAAUGCGGAGUUCUUCGAAAAAGGCACAAAAGUUCAAUGUACCUUUGAACCUGGAAAAGCAGAAGUUUCAUGCAAAGAUAGUAGAUUUGGAUGCUGCGAGGACGGGCGGACGGCAGCUCAAGGUGCCAACAAAGAGGGUUGCCCAGGUAUUUACAGCAAAUGUAACGAAGAGCGAAGAAAAGCGAUUUUGAGCAAUUACCGAACACGAUACAUACCGACUUGUAAUUUAGAUGGCACAUUUACGGCCGUACAAUGUUGGGAGUCAGUCAAGGUUUGUUGGUGUGUUGAUCUUGAAGGCCUAGAGAAGAAUGAAUCUCAUACUGUUAAUAGGAAGCCUACUUGCAGACGAGAUGAUGCAGUCCUUGGAGGUCCUACCAUCAUUGAAUGCUGGCGCGCGCCUUUUGGAUGUUGCCCUGACGGGAAAACAACUGCGCAAGGACCAUACAAAGAGGGGUGCCCAGGUUAUCAAGCUGCCUGCUGGAAUAGUCAGUUUGGUUGUUGUCCUGAUGGGAAGUCAUUCGCAGAUGGGCCUAACUUUGAAAAUUGCGAAAGACAGCCAACACGAUGCGAGAAACACAGAGACAACGUCUUGAGGUCAUCAGAACAACCUUUGGUUGGGCAGUAUGUGCCGCAAUGCAAGAGUGAUGGGUUAUACGAGAAAAUUCAAUGUCAUGGAUCAACUGGCUACUGUUGGUGUGUCGAUAAAGCUGGCAAAGAAUACGAUAUGACAAGAAUAAGGGGGAAGCCUGAUUGCACUGUUAUUGUUCCUACUUGUGUCGAUAAACGAAAGGAUUGCCAAAAGCAUCUUGGGUAUUGCAAAGUGUUUGUUACAUAUAUGCAAAAAUAUUGUACCAGAUCCUGUGGCUAUUGCAGCGGAGACGAAGUUAUUUUUGUGACAAAGAAGCCAGUGAUUCAAAAGCUGACAACACAGAAGCUAACAACGACUCAAAAAGUUGAGAAAAAGCAAUUCACAACAAAUGCUCCAGUCACCAUCCCACGCAGAACAACUGUACUGACUACAACGCCAAGCACCAUAGGCAAUGGCUGUGGUAGCGAGUUUGGAUGCUGUGUCGAUGGACUUCUUCCGGCGGUUGGUCCAAACAAUCUUGGAUGUCCAGUCUACGCCUCAAUUUGUGAUAUGCCCGUGGCGACUGGACAUGGUAGAGGGGCUAUCCGAAUGUAUUUCUACAACACAAUGCAGCACACCUGUGAAGAUUUCGUAUACAGUGGGAUUGGAGGAAACAAAAACAAGUUCAGAAACAAGGAUGAUUGUCUAAAGACUUGCCACAAAGAUAUUCCAGCUCCAGGAGAAACUAAGGAGUCUACGACUUUUGCUCCAGACCCAACUACUCUUCCAAAAACUACGCCAAGAGCAACGACUACACCUUCAACAGAGGCAACGACACGACCGGUCACGAGACCCAAAACGACCCAAAAGGCCACGACAACUCAAAAGCCGACCACAAAGCCGACCACAAAGGCGACCACGACAAAGCCACCGACCACAACGAUGAUUCCAACUACAGUCCCGCGUUUACCCGAGUGUCAGCUGAGACGAAGUCUAGUUAUAGCUGCAUCAAGUGGGGACAUGGCGUAUGCAAUGGAAAGAAGUGACGUAAUUUUGCCACGCUGUAACCCUGAUGGCUCAUUUAACAAAGUCCAGUGCGUUUUACCAGUUGGGCUUUGCUGGUGUGUUGAUCAAGAUGGCAAUGAAAUCGAAGGAACAAGAGAAUUUUCUUUGAAUCCAAAAUGCCCGAAACCUGAAAAAAGCCGUUGCCGGGAUGUAAGAAAGGAAGCACAGUGUAAACAAUUUGCAAAGUCCGGAAAUUACUGCCAAGUCUACAAAAGUUAUAUGAAAUUAUACUGUGCAAAAACUUGUAACUUAUGCGAUUAUGAGCCAAAAAGACUAGGAUGUGCAAGCAAAUACGGAUGUUGCCCCGAUGGCGUUACUUCCGCAUCCGGUCGUGAUUACAAGGGAUGUCCAGCGUACGACUCAAUUUGUGACAUGGAUCCAGUUGUUGGCCCAUGCUAUGGUUCCAUAGAAAGAUUCUUCUACAACACAACCUCUUCAAGAUGCGAAAAGUUUGUCUAUGGUGGAUGUAAGGGAAACCAGAAUAACUUCGUAUCUUUCCGUGGAUGUGAAAUAAGAUGUCAAAAAGAAACAAAGGCAACGAUCACUGGGGCCCCUACUCGAAAGUCCCCUAGCACAGCGGCACCAACAACCAAGGUAGUGAUAACGGAGGCGCCAGAAACCGAGGCGUUGACAACUGAAGCUGCAACAACCAAGGCAACGACACCUGAAGUCCCAACAACUGAAGCAACGACAACUAAAGUCCCAACAACCAAGGCGACAACAACUGAAGUCCCAACAACCAAGGCGACGACAACUGAUGUCCCAACAACCCAGGCAACGACAACUGAAGUCCCAACAACCAAAGCGACGACGACUGAAGCCCCAACAACCGAGGCAACGACAACUGAAGUCCCAACAACCAAAGCGACGACGACUGAAGUCCCAACAACCGAGGCAACUACAACUGCAGCCCCAACAACCGAGGCCACAACAACUGCAGCCCCAACAACUGAGGCGACAACGACUGCAGCCCAAACAACCCAAGCCACGACAACUGAAGUCCCAACAACCAAAGCGACGACGACUGAAGCCCCAACAACCGAGGCAACGUCAACUAAGGUCCCAACAACCGAGGCCACGACAACUGCAGCCCCAACAACCGAGGCCACGACAACUGAAGUCCCAACAACCGAGGCCACGACAACUGAUGUCCCAACAACCAAGGCGACGACAACUGAUGUCCCAACAACCCAGGCAACGACAACUGAAGUCCCAACAACCAAAGCGACGACGACUGAAGCCCCAACAACCGAGGCAACGUCAACUAAGGUCCCAACAACCGAGGCCACGACAACUGCAGCCCCAACAACCGAGGCCACGACAACUGAAGUCCCAACAACCGAGGCCACGACAACUACAGCCCCAACAACUGAGGCGACAACGACUACAGCCCAAACAACGCAGUCAAAGACGACUGCAGCCCAAACAACGCAGGCAACGACGACUGCAGCCCCAGCAACCAAAGAAACGACAACUGAAGCUGCAAGAAUUGAAACGACGACACCUGUAGCCCCAACAACCGAGGCAAAGACUAAUGAGACUACAAAAGCUCCCACCCAAGAUCAAACAACAAAAGUUCCGAAAGUGACAGUGAAACUGACUACUGCUUCAAGAAUGACAUUACAGCCUCCAGUUGUUAUAACUGAAGACCAAUUUGGCCUUGGACCGGAUCCGAUCAUUAAAAAAACCACCACAAAUGAACCUCUCGUAGUUGUGACGGAAGAAUUGCUCAAGCCCUCUAAGCCUGAAACCACAGCCAUUCCUACGACAGCAGAUUUGCCGGUCACUUCUGAAUCAGCAGGAAAGGAGACAACCCCACCUCCUGUUAUCAUUACAGAAGAAUUGAUCAGGACUUCAAAGCCUACCACCCAAGCCGUUCCUACCACAGCUGAUUUGCCAGUCACUACAGAAUCAAAAGCAAAAGACACGUCUCCAACUACAAUUCCACCUCCAGUGGUCAUUACGGAAGAGAUGCUAAGGCCCUCAAUGCCUAGAACCACAGCAGCUCCUUCCAUACCAAGAGAAAUCAGCACACUUAUGCCACCAUCCACUGAUCUAGAAAAACUGAUCUCACUCUUACCUUUAUUUACAGAAGAUCUAACAAAGUUUGCUGUAGAUUAUACCACAGCUACGACCAGGCCAGUUCCUGCAACGGAGGAGAAGAUUCAAGUUGUAACCACGCAGCCAAUCACCGAUUCCCACAAGGAGACUGUGGAAGCUGAAACAGUUACCAAACCUGCGGAGGAAUUCACGUUAACAAGGAAGCCAACGUCAGAGCUAACUGUAGAACCAACUGAACCUGAACCAACACAGCCGCCUGAAAUCAAAACCCUUCCAGUAAAGAACGUGACUGAAACCCUUACUGAGCCUGUGAUAGCUGAAACAGUUGAUACGAGGGUCCCGAAUGCUAAAAUUAGUUCAACUCUCCAACCCACAGUAAAGGUUGCGCAAACUACAAUUGCACCAGAAAAAGAGGAAGUUGUCACAACACCAACAGCAGUUUCAGAGCCUGCCACAAAAUGUCUUCAAAUGCGCUCAAAAUUUCUGAGCCAGCUUUCAGGCGCAAGCUCGAGCCUUUUGCCUGGACUUCAGUUUGUUCCAAAUUGUGACGAAAAAGGAAAUUUUGAGAGGAUACAGUGCUGGACCAUGCUAGGCCUGUGUUGGUGCGUUGGCCCUCACGAUGGCAAAGAACUACCAGGUUCUCGAGUGAAUGUUUCUCAGGGUGGAGAGCCAGACUGCUUCAAAAGCCAGAUAUCCGUUUGCGAGCGCUCUCGUAUCGAGGCAUUGAAAUUAAUCGAGAAAAGACGGGAAGUUGGCAACCCAAUAGCUGCAACAUAUCUGCCAAAAUGUGACGCAAGUGGUCUUUACGAGGAAGUACAAUGCUUGCUAUCGAAAAAGAAAUGUUGGUGUGUUGAUAAGAAAACUGGCUUGCCCGUUGCAGGGAAAGGAGUUCCUGACAGUCUGACAUGCAUCAAAAAGGAAGAGACAAAAUGUCAAAAAGUGCGAAAACUGGCAAUCAAGCUAGCUGAAGCCGAUUUUGACGACGAGGAGGAUUUACUGGGACCAUUUAUCCCAACGUGUGACGAGGAGGGAAACUAUGCAGAAGUCCAGUGUUUAAAAUCAUCCGGCUUUUGCUGGUGUGUGGAUGAGAACGGAGAAGAGGUGAUCGGCACAAAAACACGGGGUGUUCCCAAUUGUAAAAAAGUUGAUAAACCAUCAACUGAGUGUCAAAAACAAAGGGAAGACUCCCUCAAGACUGCUCUUAAAAUUGACGGAAAAGUGAUUCCCGCACCCGGUGUCUUUCUUCCAACUUGUGAAGCUGAUGGCCGUUACUCGCCUCUUCAGUGUCAUCAGUCAAUAGGAACGUGUUGGUGUGUCGAUAAAAAUGGCACUGAAGUCGAUGGCACAAGGACCAAAGAAUCAAGACCAAACUGUGAUCGUGCACCAACAAAAUGUGAAAAAUUACGACGUCAGAUUUUGAGUGGCUUAGAGCGCGUGCCAGACGACGAGCGGUCACUUACGCGCCUCCCCUCAUGUGAUGGUAAUGGAAAUUUCAACCAAAUCCAGUGCUGGAAUAAAAUCAACGAGUGUUGGUGUGUUGACCAGAAUGGUAACGAGGUGCCACACACCAGAGUUAGUUCUGGGGAACCUGAUUGUAAAAAACGAAAGUUGACAAAAUGCCAAAAGGAGCUAGAAGCAUCGGCUAAAGAACCAAGCGGAAGUUUUGUCGCAGAGUGUACCAGGGAUGGUGGUUAUAAAGAUACCCAAUGCCACGAUGGGAAUUGUUGGUGCGUUGAUGAAAAAGGCAUUGAGAUUGAUGGCACUCGCACGGAGUUUGGUCAUCCAGACUGUGACAGUGUGAAUCUGACAAAAUGUCAAAAACAGGAGAAAGAAGCAAGCAAGCUAGCCUCCCAGGGGCUACACGUUCCUCAGUGUAAGAAAGAUGGAAGCUUCUUGGAACUGCAGUGUCAUGAGAGUGAGUCACGGUGUUGGUGCGUCAAUAAGGAAGGCGAAAUGCUGCCCGGAACGAGUUACAAGCAUGCCGUACCACAGUGCAAGAGAUUACUUGAAAGCAAGUUAUCGCCAUGUGAGUAUAAACGAAAGUUCCUUUACGUGCAACACGAUGGCAAGGUGCCCAAUUGGUUGUAUAUCCCGCAAUGUGAAGUGAAUGGUUCAUAUUCAAGACAGCAAUGCAAUAUCAAAAGUCGCCGUUGUUGGUGUGUAAAUGAGAAUGGCGAUAUGACUCGCUGGGUUGGAAGGAAUGAGUCCUCGAAUGUCUGCUCAAAAGUGCCCCAAUCAGAAUGUGAAAAGAAAAAGGAAAAGGUUUACAACAAGGCAUUCCUGAUCAACAAGAGGUAUCCAGUGUUACCUCUUGGUAUCUUCAUGCCAGAAUGCAACAAAGACGGCAGCUUUAAAGAGAUGCAAUGCCACGAGUCUUACUGUUGGUGUGUGAGCAAGGAUGGAAGGGAAAUCGAAGACAGCCGAAGAAGAUUUGAGUCGCCUGAAUGCAAAAGAAUUCUAUCUGGUAAUCUGACUGUCUGUGAGAUCGAGAGAAGGAGUCUAUUGGAAACGGAAGUGGACGAUGGCUCGCUUUUUGUGCCUCAAUGUAAAUCAAACGGACAGUAUGAAAGGAUGCAGUGUAAUAAAGCUACCGGACAUUGUUGGUGUGUUGAUAGUGAAGGCAAAAUGACUGAAUGGGCCACAAACAACACUGGCAAAUUUGAAUGUCCUGGUUUGAAUGAACCCAUAACUGUUUGUGAACAACGACAGAGAGAUGUUUACAAGCUGGCAAGGGUGAUGAACAAGAUGUUCCCGAUGCUACCUCUUGGUGCCAAUUUGCCUGAAUGCAAUGAUGAUGGGUCGUUCAAAAGCAUACAAUGUAACGAAGGCUUCUGUUGGUGUGUGGCAGCUGACGGAAAGGAGAUCCCUCACACCUUAACCAGAUUUGAUGUCCCUCAAUGCGACAGAAUUACAUCAGGUAACUUGACUAAAUGCGAAAGAUUAAGGGACGAGGCAAUAAAAGAGAACGCCAACACUGAAGUUGGUAGAAGGCAUGUAUUCAGAUGUGAUCAAACAGGGUCUUUUGAAAGGGACCAAUGCAAUGCCAAUAUUGGUACUUGCUGGUGUGUCAAUGAACAUGGAGUGACGGUGGAUGGUUCAGCGACAUUGAAUGGUAUCCCUGAUUGCAUCAAAAGGAACACUUCCAAAUGCCAAAAUUUGAGGCAAGACGCCUUUAACAGGGGAAUUAUCGGUCCAGAUGGCAUUUCAGUACCCUUGCUUGGUGCAUUUUUACCAGUUUGUAAAGAAGAUGGAAGCUUUUCUCAGAUUCAAUGUCAUGAGUCCGAAUGCUGGUGUGUUGAUGAUCAUGGAGCUGAACGAGAAGGUACAAAAGUAACUGGGGAAAAUCCAGACUGCCGCAAGAGGCCGUUAUCUAUCUGCGAGCAAAAGAGAAAAGAGGUGCAUAAGAAUGCAACAGUGGUUGAUGGGCGACCCAUACUGCCACUUGGAUUGUAUGUUCCUCAAUGCAAAGAAAAUGGUGACUUUGAGGAAAUGCAAUGUCAUAGUUCAACGGGAUAUUGCUGGUGUGUAGACAAUCAUGGUCAUGAGAUUCCGAAAACGUCAAGAAGACUUGAAAAGCCUCAGUGCCACAGAAUUUCCGCUGGCAAUUUAACAAAAUGCGAACAAGCAAAUUUUGCACAAUUAGGAGAAGAUCCUCUGAACCCUCCACAAGAUGCUUUCUUAUUUGACUGUGACUUAAAUGGCCAGUUUGUUCCAAAACAAUGUGAUGGCUUUUUGAAUAUCUGCUGGUGCGUCAAUUCUGAUGGCGCUAUGAUAGAUGGAUCAGAAACCAAAGGUGGAAACCCGGACUGUACUCCAAGAAACAAUACACCGUGUCAACAAAAACGACAAGAUGUCUUCAAUAUGGCAGUUGUUCUUGUUGGGAGAUCUGUCGUUGCUCCUGGAGCAUACCUUCCGAAAUGUAAAGCCAAUGGCGAUUUUGAAGAAGUUCAGUGUCAUGGUUCAGAAAGAUUCUGCUGGUGUGUUGACAAGAAUGGCGAAAAACCUAUCGACUUUACGCAUCCGAGCAAGGACCUUCAGUGUGACAGACUUUUGGCCGGAAAUCUGACAAAAUGCGAGCGGUUUAGAGCGGAUACAUACGGAAAGGGCGAGCUGCCGCAAGAGGCAUUCUUGCCAGAGUGCAAACCUAAUGGAGACUUCAAAGUUUUUCAAUGCAACGGAUUCAUAAAUGAAUGCUGGUGUGUUGAUGAAGAUGGGAAAUAUAUAGAAGGAACUCAAAUCAAGGAAGGGAUCCCAGAAUGUCCUGAACCCGUGUCCCUCUCCAAAUGUCAAAAGCAACAAGAAAAGGCCAGUAAAAGUGCUAUAAAGAUAGACGGUGUAGUGAUUUAUCCUCCUGGAUUGUUUGUUCCCUCUUGUGAAGAGGAUGGCAGUUUUUCACCAGUGCAAUGUCAUGGCUCUACGGGUUUCUGCUUCUGCGUGAACAAAGACGGAAAAGAAAUACCGCACACGAGAUUGCGACACCAAAAGCCGAAAUGCGAUGGCACAUUGGAUAAGCGUCGAUUGUGCAUAUCAGAACGUAGCAAGGAUCCAGAUGUCCAAUGUGAACCCGAUGGCAGCUACAAGAAAGUUCAGUGCAAAGGUUUGUGGUGUUGGUGUGUGGAUAAAGAUGGAGUUAGGGUUUCAGAAAAGCAGCCUAAUGUUCCUGGCGAGAAAUUCAAGUGUCCUAACGCGGAAACGAAAUGCCUGCUGCUAGCAAAGGAAGCAAAGAACAAACAAACAAACAAAAAUGGCACGUCCAUACUGAUUGUUGGUGUCUUUGUCCCGAAAUGCACGGAAAAGGGCGAUUUUGAAAGUGUACAAUGCCAUCCUUCUACCGGAUAUUGCUGGUGCGUUGAUAGAGAUGGAGAAGAGAUUGCCCAUACGAAAACAAGGGAAGGAAAACCUCAGUGCAAUAGACUCGUCUUGAACAACCUUACCAAUUGUGAAGAAACAAGGAAAAAAGCAAUCGAUAUAUUGAAGGAAUUGGUAGAAAAAUCUCUUGUAUUUGUACCCAAAUGCCGGAUAGAUGGUUCUUUCAAUCCUGUACAGUGUUGGAAAGAGAAUUGCUGGUGUGUUGACAAAAAUGGGGAUACGAUCAAUGGUACGGAGACGACUUCAAGGCCACUCUGUUCUGAAGGAAACAAAACUAUUGCAGUAUCACCAAAACCUACAGCUAAAACUACUGCAGUUAAUGGAGCAACUACAGAAGCUCCUGAACCAAAAACAACUAUUCCGGUUGUUGAAGCAACUACAGAUGCUCCAGAACCUGUAACAACUGCUCCAGUUAUUGAAGCAACGACAGGAGCUCCAGAACCUGUGACUACUGGUCCAGUUGUUGAAGCAACAACAGACGCUCCAGAACCUGUAACAACUGCUUCAGUUAUUGAAGCAACGACAGGAGCUCCAGAACCUGUGACUACUGGUCCAGUUGUUGAAGCAACAACAGACGCUCCAGAGCCUGUAACAACUGCUCCAGUUAUUGAAGCAACGACAGGAGCUCCAGAACCUGUGACUACUGGUCCAGUUGUUGAAGCAACAACAGACGCUCCAGAACCUGUAACAACUGCUCCAGUUAUUGAAGCAACGACAGGAGCUCCAGAACCUGUGACUACUGCUCCAGUUGUUGAAGCAACGACAGGAGCUCUAGAACUUGUGACUACUGCUCCAGUUAUUGAAGCAACGACAAACGCUCCAGAACCUGUGACUACUGCUCCAGUUGUUGAAGCAACGACAGGAGCUCCAGAACCUGUGACUACUGGUCCAGUUGUUGAAGCAACGACAGGAGCUCUAGAACUUGUGACUACUGCUCCAGUUAUUGAAGCAACGACAAACGCUCCAGAACCUGUAACAACUGCUCUAGUUAUUGAAGCAACGACAGAAGCUCCAGAACCUGUGACUACUGCUCCAGUUGUUGAAGCAACAACAGACGCUCCAGGACCUGUAACAACUGCUCCAGUUGUUGAAGCAACAACAGACGCUCCAGAACCUGUGACUACUGCUCCUGUUGUUGAAGCAACUACGGAAGAUCCAGAACUUGUAACAACUGCUCCAGUUAUUGAAGCAACAACAGGAGCUCCAGAACCUGUGACUACUGCUCCAGUUGUUGAAGCAACGACAGACGCUCCAGGACCUGUAACAACUGCUCCAGUUGUUAAAGCAACAACAGACGCUCCAGAACCCGUGACUACUGCUCCUGUUGUUGAAGCAACUACGGAAGCUCCAGAACCUGUAACAACUGCUCCAGUUAUUGAAGCAACGACAGGAGCUCCAGAACCUGUAACAACUGCUCCAGUUGUUGAAGCAACUACAGACGCUCCUGAACCUGUAACUACUGCUCCUGUUGUUGAAGCAACUACGGAAGCUCCAGAACUUGUAACAAUUGCUCCUGUUGUCGAAGCAACUACAAAAGUAUCUGAACCUGUAACAACUGUUCCAGUUGCUGAAGCAACUACGGAAGCUCCAGAACUUGUGACAGCUGCUCCAAUUGUUGAAGUAACUACAGACGCUCCUGAGCCUGUAACUACUGCUCCUGUUGUUGGAGCAACUACGGAAGAUCCAGAACUUGUAACAACUGCUCCUGUUGUCGAAGCAACUACAGAAGUUCCUGAACCUGUAAUAACUGUUCCAGUUGCUGAAGCAACUACGGAAGCUCCAGAACUUGUGACAGCUGCUCCAGUUGUUGCAGCAACUACAGAAGCUCCAGGACCUGUAACAACUGCUCCAGUUGUUGAAGCAACAACAGACGCUCCAGAACCUGUGACUACUGCUCAUGUUGUUGAAGCAACUACGGAAGCUCCAGAACUUGUAACAACUGCUCCAGUUAUUGAAGCAACGACAGGAGCUCCAGAACCUGUGACUACUGCUCCAGUUGUUGAAGCAACAACAGACGCACCAGAACCUGUGACUACUGCUCCUGUUGUUGAAGCAACUACGGAAGCUCCAGAACUUGUAACAACUGCUCCAGUUAUUGAAGCAACGACAGGAGCUCCAGAACCUGUGACUACUGCUCCAGUUGUUGAAGCAACAACAGACGCACCAGAACCUGUGACUACUGCUCCUGUUGUUGAAGCAACUACGGAAGCUCCAGAACUUGUAACAACUGCUUCAGUUAUUGAAGCAACGACAGGAGCUCCAGAACCUGUAACAACUGCUGCAGUUGUUGAAGCAACUACAGACGCUCCUGAAUCUGUAACUACUGCUCCUGUUGUUGUAGCAACUACGGAAGCUCCAGAACUUGUAACAACUGCUCCUGUUGUCGAAGCAACUACAGAAGUUCCUGAACCUGUAACAACUGCUCCAAUUGUUGAAGCAACUACAGACGCUCCUGAACUUGUAACUACUGCUCCCGUUGUCGAAGUAACUACGGAAACGCCAGAACUUGUAACAAAUGCUCCAGUUAUUGAAGCAACUACAGACGCUCCAGAACCUGUAACAACUGCUCCAGUUGUCGAAGCAACUACAGAAGCUCUUGAACCAGUAACAACUGUUCCUGUUGUUGAAGCAACUACAGACGCUCCAGAACCUGUAACAACUGAUCCUGUUGUUGAAGCAACUACAGAAGCUCUUGAACCAGUAACAACUGUUCCUGUUGUUGAAGCAACUACAGACGCUCCAGAACCUGUAAUAACUGCUCCUGUUGUUGAAGCAACUACAGAUGCUCCAGGACCUGUAACAACUGCUCCUGUUGUUAAAGCAACUACAGAUGCUCCAGGACCUAUGACAACUGCUCCAGUUGUUGAAGCAACUACAGACGCUCCAGAACCUGUAACAACUGCUCCUGUUGUUGAAGCAACUACAGAAGCUCUGGUACCAGUUCCCACGACUCUACCCAGUGUAGCAACUACCGUAGCUCAAGAACCAUCAACGACCGAAGCAGUGAAGGAAAUAAAGACAAUUGCUCCUAGGUUGCCAAGUACAUUACCUACUACUGAACCAACAACUAAGCGAUCAGGCAGUGCUCAAGAACCACCAACUACUGACACUGUCAAGGAAGUAACGACGAGUGCUCCAGAGCCUUCAAGAACAUCACCUGCUACUGAACCAGUGACUGAAGCAACUACGAAAGCUCCAGGACCAACGACUAAAGCGACAGCCCACCAUAUAUCUGCGUGCUUCUUGCCGGCGGAUCCAGGACCUUGCAAAGGCCGAAAGCUUCGGUAUUACUAUAGUAAUGACCCAAGCGUCAAAGACUGUGUGGCAUUUAUGUAUGGUGGUUGCCGAGGCAACGGUAACAAUUUUGAGUCUGCUGAAGAAUGCGUGAGCAAAUGUAGGGAUCCAGUCUCAUUGAGGACGACAGUACCUGUUGCAAAGAAAAUAGAGUCAAAAACGGUGAAGAAAAUCCCUGGAUGCAAUAGUGAAUAUGGUUGUUGUGAGGACUACGUGACGCCAGCAAAAGGGCCAAACCAGGCGGGCUGCCCAGUUUACAAGCACCGUUGUGAAUAUCCAAAAGCAAAAGGCCCUUGUGGUGCCAGAAUAACCCGAUGGUAUUACAACGCAAGACUGCAAAUCUGCAAUAGCUUCAUUUGGGGUGGUUGCUUUGGUAAUAAGAACAAUUACCAAAGCUAUGAAUCCUGCAUGGAAAAAUGCAAGGACUACCAACCAGCGCAUGCUAAAGAGUUAUCUGGAGAGACUGGCAGUAUAGAACUGCAGACAAAGUUCAUCCCAGGUUGCAUCGGUGACUAUGGGUGCUGCGAGGAUGGGUUUUCGCCUGCGAAAGGUCCAAACCAGGCUGGAUGUCCAGUUUAUGAAUCAAUCUGCAAUAUGCCUGCUGUCAAAGGAUAUUGCCAAAAAGGAACGAUGGUAAGAUGGUAUUACAAUGCAGUUGCUGGGCGGUGCGAUAUAUUCAGGUACUCCGGCUGUGGGGGCAACGAAAAUAAUUUCGAUACACCAAGUAAAUGUGCCGAAAAAUGUGAAACUGGUGGUUCAAAGUGUGAAGAUAAAAUUGGUAUAUUGUGUAUUGACUGGAAGAGGAAAGGUCUCUGUACGUCAAGAUGGAGGGAAAUGGCAAGGUACUGCCAAAGCACUUGCGGUUUCUGUAAUAAAAGGUAGGAACAAGCUCGUCCGAAUAAUAUCAAAACAAAAUAUUUGACGUACAGCUAUCACAUUGGAGACAAAAACCAAUCACCAAGCUGAGCAGGCAUUGUGAUAAUGAAAACAUUAAUAUUUUGGGCCAAAUCAGUGUGCUGCCGCAUCAAGAGUUGUUGACACUAAAAUCAAGACAACUGGAGAGUGUGCUCAGCUCCUGUGGCAAUUCAGAGUCAGAGACGCUUGGAACGUAAAUAUUUUUAUAAGAAACAUUGCUUCCCUAUGUAACUUAUUGUAUUAGAGUUAUGUUGUGAUAUUGUAUUGUAUCUUUUUGCUUUGCUGCUACGCUUAUUCGUCAAUUAGGAUGCAAGACAAAACUAAUAAAUAAAAUGAGUAUUUAAUAAUUGAGAAAUUAAGCUGUUGUUAUAAACAGUUGCUAACACUUAAUCUCAAUCGAACGACAAUUAUUUUAUAAAUUCGUACUUCUAAGUGAUGGUAUGCGAAAGGCCUGUCUGUUCAAAGCGAAGUUCUAGCUAUAGUUAGAACAGUUACAGCGAAGUAAGAACGGUUGUAGCUCGCUGGUUUAGAAUGGAAAUAUAGAGUUAUUUAAGUAAGCGAUUCGCAUUCCUACCUUGCAGCAUAAGAUUAAUUACUGAAAUUGGGUCGAUAUAAAACAAGAAGCGCCUAUUUUAUGCCCUUUUAAUUUUUAGCAACAAUUCUUCCUUCUUAAAUUGUUUUUCGUUAUCCUGUUUUGGAGACAAAUUUCCUCUCCCGUAUUGUGUAUAGAUGACCUUACCCAGCUUUCAGUUACUUAUUUAGGCCCUUUAGAGUCAAGUUGUCUUAAUUUUUUUCUGUUCAAAGCGAUAUGCAUAAGAAUAACCAUUGCAACAAAUCUGGAUUGGAUUUUUUUCUAUUACAUUUAAGAAACACAACACACAAUAAUUUCAAGUUAUGUAACGAUCUAUUAAAGAUAUCUGCUGUUCAAAGGCGUUUUAACUAUUAUAUUUUUAUACUAAAUAUAUUUUAUUUGAAGGAUUUAAAAAAUUUUAUAUACUUGUGUUUUAAUAUCAAAUGGCCAACAAUUUUCCGUUCAAGGAAUGUCUGUGUUUUUUCACUUGAGGUCGUCUUUUCUGUAGAUCAUUGCAAUGAGAUUCUUCGGGAAAAAUUUUAAAUUUGAACCAAAAGACAUUAGGACUUACAGCAGUAUUCUAUUUUAUAUUCGUUGGCUCAUGGACAUAAAGAUGAUGUAAGAAGUCCUUUUUCGUAACCCUAAAAAGGUUUGGAAGCACUUCGAACUUCAGGUGCAGGAAAUUAUCACAUUUUAAAAAGAGGCAAAAAUUAAAAAUUGUUCCUAGAAGUAAUUUUUACUGCUAGCAGCCUUUUUAUGCAGGUAACAUAAAACAGCAUUAAAACAUAUAUGCUAAUAAUUUCUAAAAAAAUUUAUAGGGCAAAUGUUGGUUUGGUCAAUAAUAGACAAAGCCAUAGGCAAAAAACUAUGAUAAAAAGUGUUGUGAAGAGAAAACGAAAAAAAACACGGUUGUAAAUGAAUUUGAAAGGUACUAGAAAAAUACAAUGGAAGGGAGAAAAAUUAAAAGAUAAAAUCUAGUACAAUUAAUCGGGGCACAGCUAAGAUGGAAGAAAAGAAUAGUGCGAUAAAUCCUUUUAUUUCCUAAUUUCUCAAGAAAUAGUCAAGGUCUAUAGUUCCUCAUAAAGUAAUGAAUUCCAUUUUCAGACUGGAAUUAAUCAAUCCUAAUUAAAAAUGGUACCAAAAAGUGACUAAAAGAAAUGUUCUAAAAUAUAUUUUAAGCUAAUCUAAAGGGCGUGGCUGCAAAAAAUUUUCUGCUCGCAAGGAAGCCACUUCUUUGAAAUAUACCCAUGGAUCUCGCUCGACAUUCUCUCGUCGGUCCUUCCAAUGUACCGCAUAA